GUCGUUCCAUGUGUGUGUAUGAUGAGUUCGAUGGGUGGGCGGUAAAUUCGCAUUAGACCAUUCGCGUGGUUUGAUUACGGCGAAUCGCAGAUGCUGUGUUGAGACUAAUUGAUGGAAUUCAUAUGAACUAGUGGGUGUGCGUAUUGCAUUGAACCGUGAUUUUAGGCUACCCUGGCAGCUCGAGUUAGUGAGGGAUGUAUUUGUUUUUCUUUAUUCGUUUUCGCGUGAGAAUUGCUCUGAUGACUUAUACAAGGACGGUAUCUGAGCGAGGAGUCGAUCCUCGCAUGAUUAUACCUAAACUGAGACAAAUGUCUGAGCGAAUUCAAUCCAUCCUCAUGCCUCAAUAUGUUCCCCUGAUUCCUGAUCUACUUUAGCAAAUUGCUCUUAGGAAAUUUCAUGGUUUCUAUUCGUUUGCUUCUUGUUUGCUGUGCUUGGUGACAUCUACAAGGACGUUAUCUGAGUAAGGCGGCUCUUAAAACGCGCCCUAUCCGUGAUUACAUCCAAACUGAAAGAGAUUCUGAGCAAACAUGUUCAGUUCUCAAUUGAAGUGCAAGGACCGUCCAGUUGAGCUCCUAAGCGAAAUGCUAUCCUUUUUUUAGAUGUCAACUACAACCUUUUUCUUGCGGCCGUUUGAGCUCCUAGAGCGAAAUGCUAUUUGUUUUGUUGUUAAACAUGAGUACUUUGGAGUUUUCAGUUUUGUUUUUUUUUCAGGUUUUAGUUUUAUUCCCGUCCUCCUUGUUUGCGGUGAUGACUUGUACAAGGACGGUAUCUGAGCGAGGUGGCUCUUGAAGGGCCAUUCCUUGCGUGAUUACAUCCACAACUGAGACUGGUGUCUGAGCAAACUUAAAUAUACAAAUAGAGCACUUAUGAUCAUAGUUCUUGUUCCAUGUAGCUUUGCUGCAAAACUUUUAUCUUGCUUUAGUUUUAUGCUCCUUGGCUCUAAUGUUCUCCAGCUGGUUACAUCCUUUUGGUUAUCCGUAUGUGUCAAAGUGAACUCUUUUACUACACUUGUUUGCUGUAAUGACUUGUACAAGGACGGUAUCUGAGUGAGGUGGCUUAGCUUUCCUUACUUGAUUACAUCCAAAACUGAAUGACUUCUGGCAAACUAUUUUGUCAAUCCAAUCACUGUUUAUGUUUGACAUAUUCUCUUCUUGGAAAAAUGUAAUCUUUUGGUAGUAUUUUGAUCUGUUGUGCUGAUUUAAUGAUUUAAUGGUCUGUGGAUGAUUGCUGUGAUGACUCGUACAAGGACGGUAUCUGAAGGGGGUCACUUUUAAGUGCACCUCGUGUGAUUAUACCAAAACUAAAUAUGGUUUCUGAGCAUAGUCAUCCAUACAACCUAUGAAUCCAAACAAUGAUUUACCCUUUUUUGGUCAACCUGAUUGAUGAGGUUAUUUUCUUCACAUUCCUGCUGCCAACAUUUGUAUAGCCUCGUGUUGCCCUUUUCUAUUUCUUAGCACGGUUUUGUCAUCUUCUGUGACCUCUUUUGGGUCAGGCUGGUUCUGUAUAUUGGCUGUGAUGAUUCCUCAAGGACGGUAUCUGAGUGAGGUUGUGCUGGAAACAGUCUUCCUCGUAUGAUUACAUCCAAACUGACAAGGAAUUCUGAGUAAUUUGAAAAUAAAUAAAGCAGCCAGUCCUAGUUUGCUUUCUACAAAAUACUCAGUUGCUUUACUUUCUUCUAUGCUUAAUUCAUUUUUCCGUUUGCAGCAUGCUUGUGCUCCUGCAUGUUCAAUUGCGGCCACCUUUUAUUUUUAAAAUGAAAAUAAUAGUAAUCACUUUUAUGUUAAUUUGUCUAUCUGUAUUACCUGUAUGUUUCAGAUAUUAAUCCUUAAAAGAUCGAGUUUAACCACUCAUACUUCUUCAACUUUUAUUCGGGAUGAUUAACCACCCUCAAAAUAGUGCAUCGUGGAAAGCUGUCCAGUUGCGACAUGGAAUCUGCUUCCCUUCAUACCCCUCUUAUACAUGGUCUUCCUGAUGAGAUUGCUCUCGUUUGCUUAGCAAGGGUUCCUCGUCUGCAUCAUAAUGUUCUCAGGUGUGUCUCUAGGAGAUGGAGAGCAGUGCUAUGCAGUGAAGAAUGGCACACUUGCCGCAAGAGGAACAACUUGGAUGAGCCAUGGAUAUAUCUGAUCUGUAGGGAAACAGGCAUUAAAUGCUACGUGUUGGCUCCAGACCCUUCAAGUCGUUCCUUGAAGGUCAUGCAUAUCAUUGAACCGCCGUGCGCAGGGAGGCAAGGCAUUUCCAUUGAGGUCUUAGGCAAGAGCUUAUUUCUCUUGGGUGGUUGUAGUUGGCUCAAUGAUGCUACCGAUGAAGUCUAUUGUUAUGAUGCCUCUUCAAAUCGCUGGAGCAUAGCAGCUCCUAUGCCUACAGCUAGGUGCUAUUUUGUGUCUGCAUCUCUUAAUGACAAACUUUACAUAACUGGUGGACUUGGUUUGACAGACAAGUCGCCAAAUUCAUGGGAUAUCUAUGACUCAGGCACAGACUCCUGGUGUGCACACAAAAACCCAAUGCUCACCCCUGACAUAGUGAAAUUCGUUGCAUUGGAUGACGAGCUGGUAACCAUUCACAGAGCAGCUUGGAACAGAAUGUACUUUGCUGGCAUAUAUGAUCCAUUGGACCGCACCUGGAGGGGCACAGAAAAUGAAAUUGCACUCUGUUUUUCCAGCCCAACAGUUGUCGUGGACGAGACACUCUACAUGUUGGAGCAGACGUUUGGCACGAAGCUGAUGAAAUGGCAGGAGGACUCAAAGGAGUGGGUCAUGCUUGGUAGGCUGUCUGACAAGGUUACAAGACCCCCAUGCGAGCUAGUGGCCAUUGGCAGGAAAAUAUACGUGAUUGGAAGAGGAUUGAGUGUAGUAGCAAUCGAUGUGGAUACAGCGGCCAGAGUAGACGGGUUCUUGGUUACCUCUUCGGCUGGUCCAUUGGUGGAGCAGGACUUGUCACCCGAGAGAUGCAGGGUUAUCACCAUCUGAAGGCAUCUGUGCUUGAUUCUGAGUACAACUGACCGCCAAUUGCUAUCUUUGUUUGCCAUACCUACCUAACUGGGUCGAAUCAUGCACAUAGAUACAAUAAAGAUUUGGCACCAUACAGUCAUUAGGUAAUUGGGUUUUCUUUUGUAUAUACUUUUGCUCAAACUCGACUGUUGACUGUAAGAAUGAUAUUGAGGUUCAGCUUAUUUGUUCAGCACCCUUACAUGCCGAGAUAUUUGUUUAUAUAUA